AUGGCCGACCCGGACAUUCCCCCUGAGCAUGUCUACUGCGUCAAAGCUGGGAAGAAGCACUAUGAUCUCUUCACCACUAUCUACGCUGGGGAAAACUAUUGUGGCUGUUGUGGCUUAUCCAACCCCUUUCAAUCCCAACGUCGGGCCAGGUCCAGAACCCCAGCCCUUCCUGGCCCAUAUGAUGAGGUGGUUGAGGUGGAAGAUUCUCCGCCACACCCAGUCAGUCCAGCAAGUCAGCUUAUGCGUGACAGACCCAAACUAGUAUCGUCUUCUGGCAUUGGGUACGCGCAACUGAUCCCAGACGCAGUGUCCGUCCCCAAUGGAAAGACUACGAGUACACGGGCACGCCUGUAUCCCUCCAAGCCAUCAAGCGGUACUCCCUAUCCGCAAUUCAUGGCGAUCGCAUCAGCGGCUAGUCAGGCCAUUCAGAACACUAAAAGCAGCAACAGAAAGCCUACGAGGCAGCGCACUGGCUACCAAUGGGUCCACAUCAGUCUUCUGCUCGUGAGCUUGGAGACCAGGUACUUCAACGGCCUUGCGAUAGAGAUCCCAGAGACGGUGCUACCUCUAAAGGAUACGGUGAUCAAGUUUAGCUCGGCGGAUCUCCUUACCUGGCCUUCAUUCACUCAGAUCUUAUUUGACCACCUUCGUCCACUCCCAAGCACCAUCGAUCCAACCAACAAAGAGCUUUGGAGUCUUUCUUACGCUUCGUCCUUUUCUGGCAAGAAAAUCGUCACCGUUCCCAACAUUGAUAAGUACAUAACGCCGUCGAGCAUGCUCGCUUCUGGACACUUUUCGAACAACCAAGCAGGGCAGUUAAAGGUGCUUGUCGUCCUGACAUCGGCCGACGUGGUUGACAAGCAGGAGCCAAUCACCCCGCUAAGGCCAGACGAAUACUCAACACCUGUCAGAAAAGACAAGAAACGGAAGGUCAAACGGGAAGAAUCGAGCCCAGCUCCCGAGCUAAAGAAGCGCAUCAAGCAAGAGACACAGGUCAAGAAAGAGAAGGGUGCGAAAAAUGAGAGACGAAUCAAGCAGGAAAACACAGUUCCAGCUUCCUCCUACCCGAAUCCGGCGUUUGAUGAGGGUAGCAAAAUCGUCGACAAUAUCGUUGUGAAGGGGGAUACAACAGAUCUGAGCGAUUUUGAGGAUCCCGUCGACGGUCCAGUAUUUGACAGUGCCUCCGACGAGGAAGGAGAUGAGCGUGAGGCAGGCAAAGAGUACGAGAUCGAUUGUGGCAACGAGGCAAGCUUUUUAACAGAGUUCGUAAGAAACCCGGCCAAAAUUUCACCCAGCGAAAUACUGAUCUCAGCAGAUAAACCCGGAGUCGGCAGUCAUCCCGGAAUCUAUCGAACGAGCUCGAACACAACAAUUUGA